CAAAUGUGACAUUUCUGUCUUGACAUAAACAAAUACAAUACAUAAUUUUUAAGUUAAAAAUUAUAGAAAUUUGUACAUAAUAUAAGCUAAUAAGUAGUAAUAAGAUGUUUAAAAUACAGUUGAUUUGCCUUUUAAUGAUAAUUUGCUGUUCUGCUGCUUACGAAAUUAAACUGGAAAACAAUGGACCUAUUGUGAGGGGGGCUACUAUACAUUUUAAAGUGACUGUUUUUGAUGAUGGUGGGUAUCAACCGACUACGAAUAAAAUAAAAUUUCGUUGGAGCGAUGGUGCAAUACCUAGGCAUACAAAAGAGUCCAAUCUUGUUCAAAAUGGAACAGAUUCUUGGAAUAUUACUUAUAAUGCGUCUGUUUAUCCAACUGGUGCAUAUGUAGUUCAAGUUAUAAUAAGGGAAUGCAAUUGGAUAGGUUUCUGUUAUGAUGCUGGAUCGGCCAGAACGGAAUUUUACAUAACAUCUAACUUCAAUGGUAAACUUAUAACAGACCAAACGAAUAAAACUUUGCCCAACAAUUAUGUAUCCACAAAGGAUGAGACCGAUUUUCUUGUUGAGUUAAAGGCCACUGAUAGGGAUUUUAUUCAUACGGCUCCAUCAAUAAGAACAUAUUGGUUCGUCGAUUGUAUUUACUACGGAAUAACAACCGAUAUAAAAUUUGGUAUUAAUUUUACAUUAGCUGAUCAGGUUCAUUUAGUAGAGGCAUUGGUAAUGGCUGAUUUUUCACCCCCAGUGCCUACGACUACCACCACAACUACUACUACUACCACGACUACCACUACAACGCCUAAACCAACCACUACAACCGUAACUACUACGACUCCCAAAACCACAGUUACUACAAAACAAACAACCACACCACCAAAGACUUCUAAGAUCGUCAAAAGGAGUAGUAACGAUGAAUAUACACCUCAAGAGUCUAAUCUGAAAAUAUGGAACAAUGGAAUACUGAAGCCCUACAAUAAAAGUCUUCCCUUCAUCUGUAACAGUUCUUAUAUUUCGACAGACCCGAACAAAAUUUAUGGAUAUUUCUCUAAGGCUGUUCAGACAAAAGAUCCAUUGUUCAAUACCACUGUAACGGGCAACAACUGGCUGCAACCGGGUGAUCUGCUUUCUCUAAGAGUUCAGUGCAAUGGUUCCAAAAACUUUAAAUACUGCGUGGAAUUCAAAAGGGGAGAGUACAACAUCACCGGAAACGAAACCUGCGAAGUUCAGCAGCAAACGGAUAUGUGCGAUUUCAGCAUAAAAAGAUACUUGUCUUAUCCCAAAAACACGAUAAUUAUAAUAAUCGAAAACGAUGUCAGCAAGGAAGUUAAACUUGUAACUGUCAAUAUUUAUAAAGUGAAAAAAGAGGGCCAGUUAUCUGUGAUAGUGGUUCCAGUAGCUUUCAGUUUGGCUGCUGUGGUAUUGAUUGUUUUUGGAAUUGCCUACUAUUUCCAAAAUAGAAACAGGUUUAUAAUAGAAGUGGCAGAUUUUAAUUUUGGACAUCAGUACGCAGAUUUAGAAUAUAAAACGUUUCGUGAACGUCUGAGAGAUUCAAUAACGAACGCAUUUACUCGAACACCGGCCUCGAAUUCCGGUUCGGAAGUUCCUGUUUGGCCACCUGGUAGGAAAUAUGGUAGCAUGACAUGAUAUCUGACUGAAGCACAUCUAACCAUAUCGGAGGACGUCAAUAGUGAACCAUAUAAUAUUGCAAGGCUUCAUUAUUAAAGGUUCGUCUUUAUGUCGUUUAAUAAGCUCCAGUUAAUUUUUAUUUAUUAAUCAAAACAAUAGUAAGUAUAGAAGUAAAUUAGUUAUUGGAAUAUAAACUAGUUCCCAUCAUGUAAAAUAUCAGUUAAUUAUUUAGUAAGAAUAUAUAAGUUGUUUAAUUUGAAAAAAGUAUCACCGAAAAAGAUUUGUCGAUAUUAUUUUAUAUGCAAAAAAUGAAUAUUUUCAGCCUAAGAGAUUGUAUAAUUAUUUUAUAACGUAAAUUGUGAUAGUAGUUAUGUACAACCAGAUUCAUUUAUUAUUUUAAUGUAUUUUCUUAAAUAUACUUUUUGUUUGA